UUGUUAAUCCAUCAGAUGUCACUGUCAAAUGAAGCCUGUGUGGAGCAUUAGUUUCUCUCUCUCAGAGGAAGUGGGCGUCUCUGUCACAUUCAUCAGUUCAUGUUAAACAUGUAACCAGGAAAGAAACACUAAAACUCAUCUGAACACACUUCGAGAGCUUCAGAAGAACUUAAUCUACAACAACAGAGAAGAUCAUUGAAUAAGAGAGAAGAAUGAAGAUCAUCUGGACUUUCACUCUGCUGAUGAUUCCUGAUGUGGUGAGCUCCAUGAGUGUGGCUGGAUAUUCAGGAGGUGAAGUCAACAUUAGAUGCAAAUAUGUGGAGAAAUAUACCCAAAACACAAAGUUUUUUUGUAGAGGAAAGAAGCCAGAGAAAGUAAAGCGCGAGUGGUGUUCUGAACUCAUCAAGACUGAAGAGAAAGAUAAAUGGUUUGAUUCUGGAAGAUUCUCUCUGUAUGACGACACAACAGCAGCAGUUUUCACUGUGACCUUCAGAAAUCUGAGUGAUCUGGAUUCAGGGACGUACCAGUGUGCAGUUGAUAGAACUACAGAAAAAGAUUCCUACACUGAAGUGAAUCUGAACGUUAUAAAAGAGAGAAAUGAACACCAAACAACAUCAUCUUUCUCAUCAGCUGAAUCUCCACUGAUCACAUCUGUGCCUCCUGUAACAGGCUCUUCUCUGAUCAUCAGUGUGUCUGUGCUUCUUCUUCUGAUCUUCACUUUGAUUCUGUCAGUGAUCGUCACUCUCUGGAGGAGGCGUCAGUCACACGUUUCUGAUUCCUCAUCCAAAAGAUCUCAGGCGCAGACAGCAAACAGUGAAGCGCAUUCUCAGGCUGGCUGCGAUUACAAGGAGAUGAAAGACACUCACAAACAAUUACCCACAAACCCCUCUGAUUCAUCUGAACCCACUGGUGACUGUAAGAUCUUGAUCACAUCUGCUGAGGAUCUGAAUUAUGCUGUGGUGAAUUUCCAGAAGAAAGCAGACUGUCCUGACAGAGACAGAUUGAGGAAUAAUCAGGAUUACAGUGAAUACGCUGCUGUCAAUCAUCUCACUGCCUGACCAGCCACAGCAGCGAAUGUAUGUAAAUUAUUCAUUUAAAGACAUGGAUGAUUCACAAUAUACAGGGUCUUCAACUAAUGUUGAGCACCAAAUGAGACACAUACUGUGUAAACAUAUAACAUUUAGAAAAUGCAGAUUGAUUGUAAUAUCACUUGAUUCUGUUUCCUCAUGAGGUUUAGGAUAUUAACAGAUGAUUUUCUCUAAAGCUGCUUUGAAUCAGCAUUGACUGUACAAGCAAUAUACAGUACAAAAAAACAACAAAAAAACAAA